UUUGUUGGGGGAAGAUGGCGGCCGCCAGGGGCCUGUCCCUAACGGCCACGGCCCUAAGAGCGGUCAUUCCCUGGCGGAGGGGCAGGCUCUCCGCAUCCUGUCCGGGACUUCAGACGCGUUGGGAGGCGUCAUCUUCCAGCCCCGAGGCUAGCGAAGGGCAGAUCCACCUUACAGACAGCUGCGUCCGGAGGCUUCUGGAAAUCACCGAAGGGUCAGAAUUCCUCAGGCUGGAGGUGGAGGGAGGUGGAUGCUCGGGAUUCCAGUAUAAAUUUUCACUGGAUACAGUUGUCAACCCCGACGACAGGGUAUUCGAACAGGGUGGUGCAAGAGUUGUGGUUGAUUCUGAUAGCUUGGCCUUCGUAAAGGGGGCCCAGGUGGACUUCAGCCAAGAACUGAUCCGAAGCUCAUUUCAAGUAUUGAACAAUCCUCAAGCAGAGCAAGGCUGCUCCUGUGGGUCAUCCUUCUCUGUCAAACUUUGACUUGAUGACUAGUGAUCCAGAGAUUGCCAUCAGUUGUACCAAUCUGAGGAACUGCGAUUAGUAGAAUUCUAGAAGUUUCCUUCUAAUCAUGUCCCUCUCUCAAUUUUAUUUUUCUUAAUUCAGAAGUGUUGUGUUUUUCCACUAUUAUUUUCAGAAUGUGAAGCUUUUACACUUGGCCUAAAUUACUCCCCAGCUCCUAUACAAUGCUAAGGCCAAGCUUAUAGAUGUUGUUACCUCAUAUUUAAUUACUAGUGUACUCUAUAGAGCCUCCAAUCCUCCAAAUUUGGAGUUACUUUUCUAGCCUCCAGAAUGUUUGAACAUAUAUGUAUAACAAUGUAUAAAAGCCUAAGUUUAAAGAAAGUC